ACAGAUAGUUUUACCCUUCAUCUGGCCCUUUGCAUAUAGGACAUGGAGCAGUUUCUUCGUGGUCCAUGAGCGUCAAACCUCCAAACACGAGACAUAGAUAGAUGGGUUCGAACGGACAAGGCAAAAGUGCGCGGAACGAGGACCGAUGGCAAGAGCGCAAGCGGUCUUCGGGGUUAGCCCCGUGCCCUGCCCUGUGGUUCGUUCGCUGCGAAGUCUUUUCGCGUUGGUACCGCGCGUUGUUUAUUUCCUGUGUUGCGGUUGGGUUUCGUCAGCAGACAGUAAGCAGGUGUCAAGUGAUUGCAUUGAAGUGGCAAAAAAAAAUGGCCAAAGCUCGCAUAUUAGUUGAACUCAGACCUGACAAGAAACUUCUUGAUCCUCAGUUUGACGGCUACAAGUUGUCAUUAGAGAACGUACAUUCACAUCGUUCGUCUUUGCCGUCAAAGCCUGAUGUUGUUGUUCCAAGUGAUGACCAAUAUUCAUUCCUUCACACAAAGUUGUUUGGAACUCACAAUAAACUUUUUACUGACCCGUGGACGGAGACAACUUACUACAUUGAUGUUAAGUGGAAGAUUCAUUCUUUUGACCCUGACACUAACAGUUUUUGCGAAGUUUGGGAGGUACCAAGUCACCAUGAGAGGCAGCCUGGACACUACAACUUAAAUUUAGCUUUCGCUUCACCUGAUGUGGUUGUUGUAACAGAUGGAGCUGGUACUUUACAUAUUGUUGACACUCAAGAUCGUUCUUUCAGAGCAAGGAAAUGGGGGGUAGUCUUCAGUUGUUCACCAAUCGGAGACAACAAGGGAUUUGUCAUCUUAGAUAGUCGAUAUUACUGUGGUGAAUUGCAUUGCAUGCUUCUUCACAUUGAUGAGCUGGACAUAGAAGGAACCGAGGGCAAGAAAUCAAAGUUUGUGUCUGUAAUUGAUUGGAUUACUGUGGAAGGGGAGCUCAACAAGCAGCCCUGGGGAGUGAAGUCUUUACGCCAAAUGGUUGGAGGAGGCUGCAUUGAGUUUGCCAGUUUUGAACCUACUUGCACUGCUGUGUUCAUUGCAAGCGAUCAAGCAUUGAAAUUUACCUCUGAUUCUGAAAACAGCAUCAUUGAAGAUAAUGAGGAACCGAAAGUGAAACCCCAGAUAGUUUACUCUUGGCUUCAGAAAGAUGAUGAUUUGACUGUGUGGGUUCCUGUUGCCACGGAUGUUUCAAAAUCUGACAUUAAGGUCAUAGUAACCACACUCUCUGUUAAAAUAACCAUCCAAGGUCAUGUUGUUCUGGAGGGUGCAUUGCAUCAACGGAUUGAUUCAGAUCUGACCUGCUGGACUCUGUCACCAGGAAAAUUAGAAAUUAUUUUGAGCAAAGUAGAGACCGGAUUAAUGUGGCCAGAGUUGAUUGUUGGUUGCCAGAAAGGAGAGCAAGUUUUAGAUCCAGCUCUUGUGGAAGAAGUACAUCAGCGCUUGGCUCACUUAUGUUCAGACACUGUGGAAACUGGCACAAAUGAUGUUGCACCAGCUUACAAUAGCCAACAGUUAGAAGACUGUGAUGCUUUCCCCAAGGACACUUCUGUCCUGAUUAGACUAGAUUCAAAAGAUCAUAGUAUUUCUCACAAGGUCAAUCUGGGUGGACACCAGUGGUUGUUCAAUUCAACAUUGUCAGCUGGGUCCCCUCCUGCCAUCUGCGUGAGACAUGAUGUCGAUGCUUGUGUCUGGCAAAUUGAAGAAAUGAAUCGGGAUUCUCAUGUUUGGCCCAUUACUCAUGUUGGCACAUUUUCAGCAUUUGGAUAUGUACAGGCAUCAAAACAACAGAGAAAAUUCACAGUUUGUCCACCAGAUAUGUCAUAUGUUGCUAUUUGUGACUCAUCAAGGCAUGUGUAUUUGUAUCGGCAACCUUCCGCUGUGCAAAGUGAAUUGCGUAACCGUACAACAGGUAGAAGAGUCGCACAGGUUGCCAAACAACAUUUAGUGCAGUUGGAAUCUGAUUCUCACAUCUUGGGAUGCCACGCUACCUCUAAUUAUCUGUUCAUACUAUCAGAGGAGGUAUUUUAUAAAUUUAUGCUAGGAAAUUGAUUACACUCCAACUAAAACUGUCAAUAAGUAUGCCUCCUAUUAUAAGAAAAAGGAGAGUAAUUCCAGGGAAAAGACAAUGGACAAAGUAUCAAGUUCUAAAGAUCAUUGUUUAAAUAUUUGAUGGUUUUGUUAGUCAAUUUUAUAAGUGAAUCAAACAUUUGUAUCACAGCAUAUAUAACACUUCAAAAAUAAACUAUGCAAAAGCAUUAUAAGUGAUCAUUUUUAAAAAUUACUGUUGCUUCACAACAAUUCAUUUUAGAACAGACCAUUUCUCAGCAAUAUUGUGCAAAUUGUGUAUCUACUUACAUUAUCCAUUAAAUAUCAUCUAAGACUUA